GGAGGGAGGGAGGCAGCGGCGAAGCCCUCCGUGGCUCCCCACCCGGCGCGCGCGCCCCUCCUCCCCUGCCUCCUCCCCUCUGCCAGUACAGUACAACUAGUACACACACACACACACACACACACGCACACGCACCCUGCCACUGCAGCUGCCAUGGAUAUCAGCUAACAACACACACCCAGGCGCGCGCGCGCGUUCCCACUCGCACCACGCAGGAGUGGCCCCCGGCAUCCCUACCCUCCUUCCCCACCCCCACCGCACCCGCUCACAAGCUCGGCUACUGCUCGCUCCGGCUGCCGCCGCCGCCGCCGCCGACGCCACCACCACUGCUUCCUCUGCUGCGGGGCCACAGCCUUGAGUGUCAUUCAAGGGACAGCACAACCUCACCCAAGCUCUCCUACCUCUGCCCAGCCGUCCCUCUCAUCCUCCCCUUUCCUCGUCCACACUCCAUCCAAAGAAGAGGGAAAGCACCGAAUAGAGGGGGGCGAAGGCAAAGUCUGCUGUUCUUCCCCCUGGGCCCCCUUGCUCCUCCAUCCUCAUUCUCUCACCACCAGCCCCCUUAACCCCAAGGAGCCCCAGGAACUGAGGCGACUCACCCCACUGCCAUGUCCAAAAGCUUGAAAAAGAAAAGCCACUGGACUAGCAAAGUCCAUGAGAGUGUCAUUGGCAGGAACCCGGAGGGCCAGCUGGGCUUUGAACUGAAGGGGGGCGCCGAGAAUGGACAGUUCCCCUACCUGGGGGAGGUGAAGCCCGGCAAGGUGGCCUAUGAGAGCGGCAGCAAGUUGGUGUCGGAGGAGCUGCUGCUGGAGGUGAACGAGACCCCCGUGGCGGGGCUCACCAUCAGGGACGUGCUGGCCGUGAUCAAACACUGCAAGGACCCCCUCCGGCUCAAGUGUGUCAAGCAAGGAGGCAUUGUUGAUAAAGACCUUCGUCACUACCUCAACUUACGAUUUCAAAAGGGUUCUGUGGACCAUGAGCUUCAGCAAAUCAUUCGUGACAACCUCUACCUCCGCACGGUGCCAUGCACCACAAGGCCACAUAAGGAGGGUGAGGUCCCUGGAGUGGAUUAUAUUUUCAUCACUGUUGAAGAUUUUAUGGAAUUGGAGAAAAGUGGUGCUCUCCUAGAAAGUGGGACUUAUGAAGACAAUUACUACGGUACCCCAAAGCCGCCAGCAGAACCAGCACCAUUAUUGUUAAAUGUAACAGACCAGAUACUUCCAGGAGCCACUCCAAGUGCUGAAGGAAAACGGAAGAGGAAUAAAUCAGUGAGCAACAUGGAGAAAGCCAGUAUAGAGCCUCCUGAGGAGGAAGAGGAAGAGAGGCCUGUGGUCAAUGGAAACGGAGGAGUAGUAACGCCAGAAUCCAGUGAACAUGAAGACAAAAGUGCAGGUGCCUCAGGGGAGAUGCCCUCCCAGCCUUAUCCUGCACCAGUGUACAGUCAGCCUGAGGAGCUGAAGGAGCAGAUGGAUGACACAAAGCCAACUAAACCUGAAGACAAUGAGGAACCAGACCCAUUGCCUGAUAACUGGGAAAUGGCCUAUACAGAGAAGGGCGAAGUCUACUUCAUUGACCAUAACACAAAGACAACAUCAUGGCUGGAUCCACGACUUGCGAAAAAGGCUAAACCUCCAGAAGAGUGCAAAGAAAAUGAGCUUCCAUAUGGCUGGGAAAAAAUCGAUGAUCCCAUUUAUGGCACUUAUUAUGUUGACCACAUAAAUAGAAGAACACAGUUUGAAAAUCCUGUCCUGGAAGCAAAAAGGAAGCUACAGCAACAUAACAUGCCCCACACAGAACUUGGAACAAAGCCCCUGCAGGCCCCAGGUUUCCGAGUAGACAGCUCCUCAUGGACAUUACCUAGGCCCAAAUCCAUCCGCCCCCGUGCUGCCCCGGAGAGGUCGCGCAGCGUGAGUGACUUGUCUUACUAUCAGCGCGACCCGGCAGGGAGGCCCUGGCUGUUCGAAAAACCACUCUUCACCCGGGAUGCAUCCCAGUUGAAGGGAACAUUCCUCAGCACCACCCUAAAAAAGAGCAACAUGGGUUUUGGAUUUACCAUCAUUGGUGGAGACGAACCUGAUGAGUUUCUGCAGGUGAAAAGUGUGAUUCCGGAUGGGCCUGCAGCACAGGAUGGAAAAAUGGAAACAGGUGAUGUCAUUGUCUAUAUUAAUGAAGUUUGUGUCCUUGGACACACUCAUGCAGAUGUUGUCAAACUUUUCCAGUCUGUUCCUAUUGGUCAGAGUGUCAACCUGGUGUUGUGUCGUGGCUACCCUUUGCCCUUUGAUCCUGAAGACCCUGCUAACAGCAUGGUGCCACCCCUUGCAAUAAUGGAGAGGCCACCUCCAGUGAUGGUCAAUGGAAGACACAACUAUGAAACAUAUUUGGAGUACAUUUCUCGGACCUCACAGUCAGUUCCAGAUAUAACAGAUCGGCCGCCUCAUUCUUUGCACUCCAUGCCAGCUGAUGGUCAGCUAGACGGCACGUAUCCACCGCCCGUCCAUGACGACAAUGUGUCUAUGGCUUCAUCUGGGGCCACUCAAGCUGAACUUAUGACCUUAACCAUUGUGAAAGGUGCCCAGGGCUUCGGAUUCACUAUUGCCGACAGUCCUACAGGACAGCGGGUGAAACAAAUACUUGACAUUCAGGGAUGCCCUGGCCUGUGUGAAGGCGACCUCAUUGUUGAGAUCAACCAGCAGAAUGUACAGAACCUGAGCCAUACAGAAGUAGUGGAUAUACUUAAGGACUGUCCCAUUGGAAGUGAAACUUCUUUGAUUAUCCAUCGAGGAGGUUUCUUUUCUCCAUGGAAAACUCCAAAGCCUAUAAUGGACCGAUGGGAGAAUCAAGGCAGUCCUCAAACGAGUUUAUCUGCUCCGGCCAUACCGCAGAACCUGCCCUUCCCACCUGCCCUUCACAGGAGCUCCUUUCCCGACUCAACAGAGGCCUUUGACCCACGGAAGCCUGAUCCAUAUGAGCUCUACGAGAAAUCUAGGGCCAUUUAUGAAAGUAGGCAACAAGUGCCACCCAGGACCAGUUUUCGAAUGGAUUCCUCUGGUCCAGAUUAUAAGGAAUUGGAUGUUCACCUUCGGAGGAUGGAGUCUGGAUUUGGCUUCAGAAUCCUCGGGGGAGAUGAGCCUGGACAGCCUAUUCUGAUUGGAGCCGUCAUUGCCAUGGGCUCAGCCGACAGAGAUGGCCGCCUUCACCCAGGAGAUGAGCUUGUGUAUGUUGAUGGGAUUCCAGUAGCCGGCAAAACCCACCGCUAUGUCAUCGACCUCAUGCACCACGCAGCCCGCAAUGGGCAGGUCAACCUCACUGUGAGAAGAAAGGUGCUAUGUGGAGGGGAGCCCUGCCCAGAGAACGGGAGAAGUCCAGGCUCUGUAUCCACCCACCACAGCUCUCCACGCAGUGACUACGCAACCUACACCAACAGCAACCACGCUGCCCCCAGUAGCAACGCCUCUCCCCCUGAAGGCUUCGCCUCCCACAGCCUGCAGACCAGUGAUGUGGUCAUUCACCGCAAAGAGAACGAGGGCUUCGGCUUUGUCAUCAUCAGCUCCCUGAACAGGCCUGAGUCUGGAUCCACUAUAACUGUGCCCCAUAAAAUCGGACGCAUCAUUGAUGGGAGUCCUGCAGAUCGCUGUGCAAAACUAAAAGUGGGAGACCGGAUCCUAGCAGUGAAUGGCCAGUCUAUCAUCAACAUGCCUCACGCUGACAUCGUGAAGCUCAUCAAGGAUGCAGGUCUUAGUGUCACCCUUCGCAUCAUUCCUCAGGAGGAGCUCAACAGCCCCACCUCGGCACCCAGCUCAGAGAAGCAGAGUCCCAUGGCGCAGCAGAGUCCCCUGGCACAGCAGAGUCCCCUGGCCCAGCCAAGCCCAGCCACCCCCAACAGCCCUGUCGCCCAGCCAGCACCACCUCAACCACUUCAGCUGCAAGGACACGAAAAUAGUUACAGAUCAGAAGUGAAAGCAAGGCAAGAUGUGAAACCAGACAUCCGACAGCCUCCAUUCACAGACUACAGGCAGCCCCCGCUGGACUACAGGCAACCCCCAGGAGGGGACUACCAGCAGCCCCCGCCCUUGGACUACAGGCAGCCUCCCCUGCUGGACUACAGGCAGCACUCCCCCGACACCAGGCAGUACCCUCUGUCGGACUACAGGCAACCCCAGGAUUUUGAUUAUUUCACUGUGGACAUGGAGAAAGGAGCCAAAGGAUUUGGAUUCAGCAUUCGUGGAGGAAGGGAAUACAAAAUGGAUUUGUAUGUGUUGAGACUGGCAGAAGAUGGACCAGCAAUAAGGAAUGGGAGGAUGAGGGUAGGAGAUCAAAUCAUUGAAAUCAAUGGGGAAAGCACAAGGGACAUGACACAUGCCAGAGCAAUAGAACUCAUCAAAUCUGGAGGAAGACGAGUGAGGCUGCUGCUCAAGAGAGGCACGGGACAGGUCCCAGAAUAUGACGAACCCGCCCCCUGGAGUUCUCCCGCUGCCGCCGCCCCAGGUCUGCCGGAAGUAGGCGUCUCGCUGGACGACGGCCUGGCUCCAUUCUCUCCAUCACAUCCAGCCCCACCCUCCGACCCUUCCCACCAGAUAAGCCCAGGCCCAACUUGGGAUAUCAAACGGGAACACGACGUUAGGAAACCAAAGGAGCUUUCAGCCUGCGGCCAGAAGAAGCAGCGCCUCGGGGAGCAAAGGGAGCGCUCGGCGAGUCCGCAGAGGGCCGCGCGGCCGAGGCUCGAGGAGGCGCCCGGCGGCCACGGGCGGCCCGAGGCCGGCAGGCCCGCCUCGGAGGCCAGGGCGCCCGGGCUGGCGGCGGCAGACGCGGCGGACGCGGCGCGGGCGGGUGGGAAGGAGGCGCCCCGUGCGGCGGCGGGCUCCGAGCUCUGCCGGCGCGAAAGCCCGGGGGCUGCGCCGGCGUUCGCCGGCCCGGGCGGCGGCGGCAGCGGCGCGCGGGAGGCCGAGGGCAGGGCGGGUGCGCGUGCGGGUCCCCGGCCGGGCCCGCGACCCCCGGGGAGCGCCCCCGCGCGCAAGGCCGCCGUCGCGCCGGGGCCCUGGAAGGUGCCGGGCUCUGACAAGCUGCCGGGCGUCCUCAAACCCGGCGCCUCGGCCGCCAGCAGAUGAGCCACGCGGCCACGGCCAACCCGCCCGCCCCGGCGCAGGCCGUUCUUCUUAGGUUACGUCUCACGGCGUUUUAAUUUAUUUUCACUGUCACACGCAUAGAUCCACGAGGCACCAAGGCCUGGGAGCGUCGACGUGAAGUCCCACGUGUCCGGUGUGCUUGGGCGGCAUCGCGUCAACGCGCAGACCUAAACUGAUCCUAAAGCCCCCGGUUCCCUUGUGGGGGCUUUGGCAGCUAUGGAAGAACCAAAAUAACGUGAAGAACAUCACAGAGAGACAGUGCAGUGUAGCUUUAGUUUAAGAAAAAAAAAUAUUCCUCCCCACUGCAUGAAGGAUUUGGAUGUCAUCCAAACUUUAUAUCAAGAAACAUGACAAAGAGCAAUCACAAACUGGAAUAUCGCCUUAAAAAUCAAACUGCACGGAGCAAGCUGAAACUGAGACAAGAUUAUAUCUUUUAAUUGAUCUAAAGCGUUGUAAAUAAAUUGUUCUCGACAUAUCUAGACAGGGGUUAAAGGGUUUCUUUGACACAUUCGGAACCGUUCACCCAUGACAUGUUUCCAUGGCUCACCCUUGGCAUCCAUCCUCGGUGUUAGCAGCAGCGUUCCCUGCCUCCUGCAGGAUGACUUAGAAAUCUAGUGAGUUUCUUGGUGUGAUGCCAUUUUUAUUGCCAUUUCUGUGAUCAAAUCAUAUUUCUGUACAUUUUCAGUGGUAGAAAAAAAGGUUUUAAAAAUUGUAUCCUAGGGAACAGUUUGCCAUAAGUCAGAAUUUUGCAGUUUAGCUCAUAGAUCUUAAUUGGUUUUUCUCUAAAAUAUGAAUUUUAUAAUUGAAGGACCACAAUUUGUUUAAUCAAGAUAGGCAACGCUGCAGUUCCUUUAUGAAGAGGCUUUUCUGUCGUCCCAGGCUAGCAGAGAUGGAUAGCUUCUUUGUCAGCAAUGUGAUUUCACUUACUUUAUUGUCUUAUUUUAAACCCUGUCUCCAUGACUUCAUUUGCACUUUGACAGAGCAGAGGCAGAGUAUUUGUCUUAUAUUUCUCAGAUUAUAAUAUUAAAAAAUUACAACCGAUUUAUUUUCAUUAAAGAACGUCUUUUUAGCAUUCCUUUCUGCUUAUCCUUCUUUCUUUACCCUUUCUCCUUUUGUUUCCAUUAGUUUUCUUUCGUCUUGUAUUCUUUGCCACUUUAUUUUGUUAGCAACUUCUAGAUGUUUAUCUUCAUGGAUCUGUGAUUGACCUCCCAGUAAAAUUCUAAGCCUUGCCUUUCUUCCCUGCUGUUUUAGCAUUUCUUUGUAAAAUGUUAGCUUCAAUUAAUUAGCCAUUGGUACUUACUGUAGCUACACAUAUUAAAAGGCAAAGUGUUUCUGAAGGCAAUUUCUUUUUAAUAUGCCCUGAAUGAAUGAGGCUUCAUCCUUCCCAUAUUCUAACUCUUUACAGGAGUUCAAAUGCAAAUAAACUUCACCUCCCUGCCCUUGUAGUCUAAAAAGUAAAAGGGGCGAUCAGGUCCAUCUCAAAGGUCACAGGUAAUAGCCUCCCUGGGCUGAUCAUUCCCUCUCCUUGUAAUUGCAGUAUCCUGAGUAGCAGUUUAAUUUUCAUCAAACAUCAGAGUAGUUUAGUUGUUUGACAGGAGGAGAAUAAGGUUGAAAGCCUUAAGUGAAGGAUCUUGCAGCUUGUAAAAGCAAUUUCCAAAAAUGAAACCCAUUCAUCAUAAACAAAAGCACAAACACAUGUAGCAGUUUAUAAUGCUUUUGGUUUAAUCUCAAUUAGUCUUUCUCCCCUGGACUAGAAAUCCCAGUAUAGUUUGCCAUUAAUUUAUUGAAUCUGGUUUUGGACAAUGCUUCUGUAGUGUAGCUGCACGUCCUGGUACUGUAUCCUCUGACUUUAUUUUCCAUGUAUUACAAAAGGAAAAAAAAUUGAGAUUACACUGGCAUAAACUCUAAUUUGCACAGUUCACAGCUACUACUUGUGCAGUAAUUGCUUUAUGCGGCUGUAAUCCAUAACCUGUGAAGACAGCACAUCAUCUAAAUCCCAUUCCAAAUAAUAUUUGUGUAGUGUUAGCUGUGAAUUUACCCUGUACAGCUGUAUCUCUAUAAAUAUAAUUCCAUGUAUUAAUAGUCACAGAAAGACUGUAAGUGAGCAACUAUUUUUAUGAAACGCACCACUAUGGAUAAAUUAACUUUUACAGAAAUCUUGUUUACUGUAUGAUAUUCUAAAACACUGUCAAAUAAAAUAUAUAUCCAAAAACCUUUUCUUUUUCCAACUA